AUUUCGUACAAGGUUCCUAGCAUGAGAAAAUGCCAUGCUUCCGUAGCUACAAGGUACAUGGAAACAUCAGAGGUGGCUGAUGUGGACUGGGAAAACCUUGGUUUUGGCCUCAUUGAGACUGACUUCAUGUAUGUUGCAAAAUGUGGACCUGAUGGAUACUUUUCCAAAGGUGAAGUAAUUCCAUUUGGUCCUAUAGCACUGAGUCCUUCUGCCGGAGUCAUUAAUUAUAGGCAGGGAUUGUUUGAAGGCCUAAAAGCAUAUAGGAAAACUGAUGCAUCCAUCCUGCUAUUUCGUCCAGAGGAGAAUGCUACAAGGAUGAUAACUGGCGCAGAGAGGAUGUGUACGCCUGCUCCACCUGUUGACCAAUUCAUUGACGCUGUUAAACAAACUGUUUUGGCAAAUAAAAGAUGGGUACCUCCUACUGGUAAAGGUUCCCUGUAUAUUAGGCCACUCCUAAUGGGCAGCGGGGCUGUUCUGGGUCAUGCACCUGCUCCUGAGUACAAAUUUAUCAUUUUUGUGUCCCCUGUUGGGAAUUAUUUCAAGGAAGGUCUAUCUCCUAUUAAUUUGAUCGUCGAAGAUAAAUUUUACCAUGCCAGCCCUGGUGGAACUGGAGGCAUGAAAACCAUUGGAAACUAUGCCUCGGCAAUUUUAUGA